GGUUCGUAUGAUGGUGAGGUUACACGGAUGGCAAGAGAACGAGUUUCUGCCACCGAGCGAGAAACGAUUCCUAACUUCUGUUAGACCUCAAUUAGAAUCGCAUUGUCAGAAUUGUCGUAAGUAUAUCGAACAGACGCAUCUGACAAAAGAAAAUAUUUCCAAGUGGCAAACUCUUUUCGUAUUCAAUCAACUUGUGGAAUCGCACAUAGAUCCUGACUGGCUCCUAGACAAUUUAAGAUUCAUAAGCAAACCCGAUAUGGAAAUUACGAUAGUCGAAAGAGCGAGAAGAAGAACAUGUGGAUAUGUUCUCUGUUCGGAACUACUGCCUACUUUUGAUCCGCAACUUGCAUAUAACGAAGAAGGCUGCAAACAGAAACUCUUCUGCAGUUUAUUUUGCCACAAAGCGGCCAAUUUUCUUCUUAAACAAAUGUUUAAGACAAUCUCGUGGAGAGAUAAUGGAGAUAGACCAGUCUUUAAAAUUUUGUCACGCAUUACUAAGUUUACAGAAACGUGCGAUUUAAAAAAUUGUGCAUCGCGAUGCGAUCUUCCUUAAAA